AUGAUUCCGGCAAGCAGCACAUGGAGCUUCGAGGGCGAAGUAUCUUUUCAUACUGGGGCUUAUCUCGACCUCGUUCCAGCAGAACCAAAGGCCAAGCAAGCGCACGACGACGAGAUGGAGGAAUGUGAUCGAGACUUUACAAAAGCACCCUACACCGCAUGUCUUGGACGAAUCGCAGAUACAGAUGCUGAUCCUGGGGACUCGGAAGAUGGUGGACUGACGGAACCCGGGGACGGCGCGAUGCCGACAUUGAACAGGAGCUCUAGUGGCAAGAGGGUAGGCGAUGCUGGUGUGAUGAAUGAUCCUGAUGCCCGUGGCAAGGGUUUUGCUGAUGGGUCGUUGCGCAUCACGAUUGACUAUGCCUUGAGAGUGCUGAGGCUUGAUGAAGUCACUGUGGAGAUGAGAGAGGCGAAUGUUGAGAUGCGCGUGUAUUGGUUAAUAAGAAGUUCCGAGCUGGGCCAACGAGAUCUGAGUCUCUCGACUUCGGGAGUGAGUACCCUUACCGAUUCAGAAGGGAGGAAUGGCUGGGGGGCAAAAUAG